AUGCAAAUUCUAGCCCCAAGUAAGGACAAACCAAUAUCCACUCAUCGGAAAAUGCAAUUCGAAGAACUUGUGAAAGAAAAUAAAGAGAAUCUGCAAGAGAAUGUUCAGCAAACGAUCAUGGAUAAUCAUCAGAAUCUCUCGCAGUACAAUAACCAAAGCCAGACCGCUGAAGAUCCCUUACAUGGAGAAACGAAUCAGUCACAAAUAAUGGAGGUUGAUGAUGUGGAUAGCGCGAGCGUUGUGUGUUUUGUUGGAAAAUCUCGAUCAAAACGCGUCUUUAAUAAGUCAUCAUCCAAAAAAUACAACGACAGUGAACCCUUAACCAAAAAGAGUCACCGCGGUCCAAAGGUGCAGGUUUCGCCUCUUGGUCUCGAGUGGAUGGAGAUAAUUCGUCGAUCCGAACAACUCAAGAGUCAACACAUAGCAUUUUUUGGACGGUUACUAUCAAAUCAUUCUGAUUACUUUCAUCAAGAUACAUUAAUCUUGCAGAGGCCUGAGCGAAUUGAACCUGUACCAUCUGUAAAGAAAAAUAUUCAGAUUCUUUAUAGUAAUGAUAAUGAACAGAAAGGAGAGUAUGGACAUUGGUUUCACCGUACUGGAGCUGGUUUGAUAAGUCGCCCACCCACAGGCCCUCGCCCCAUGACGGCAGUACGGGGUGCAGGAUACACAAGCUCUCGUCAGGUGAUUUUCGAUCCUCUUAAUAUGGGAAAUACUUCCAGGGGUCCAGCACCUCCUCUAGAAUCGAGAAAAGAAGAUACUCCCGAAGAAAAAAUAAAAUCAGCUGAGCGAAAAAUAAUGGAUUUGAUUGAAAGCUCUGCAGAAGCAGCAGUAGGUGAAAAUGUGAGAGUGGCUUUAGAACGAGCCAGAGACGCUUCAUCUAGAGAAAGAGUUCUAAUUCGUCUUCAGGAACAGGCUGGUCUCAGUGACAGCCACAAUGUCGACCUGACCUUGGCAGUUUUAUUCAAUUUAGCCACUCAAUACACUAAUAAUGAGAUGUACACGGAAGCAAUUGCCACUUAUCAAGCAAUAACAAGGAACAGAAUGUUCAGUAAUAGUGCGCGACUUAAAGUAAACGUGGGUAACAUAUAUGUAAAGAUUGGACAACUAUCGCAGGCUAUAAAAAUGUAUAGAAUGGCGUUUGAUCAGGCGCCGGCUGCGCAGAAAGACUUGAGGAUUAAAAUUACGCAUAAUAUUGGAAUGGUAUUGGUGCGAAUGGGGAGACUUGAGGAAGCUGUCAAUAGUUUCGAAUGGGUAAUGAAGGAGAGGUCUGAAUUUAAAGCUGGAUUGCAUGCAAUUUUGUGUCAUUUUGCAUUGAGUCAUCGGGAUAAGAUGAAACGAGGAUUUCUGGAAUUAGUGGAAGUACAGUUGAAUGUUGAUCAAGAAGAUAAAUACACUAUCACGACGGACGAUGUCGCCGCAAAUAUUUUGAAUGAAGUGAUAAGAAAUGAUGAAUUAUCAAAAUUAGAAGCGGCAAUGCAAUCCGAGGCUGAGAAAACUAUUUUAACUGCUGCCAAGCUUAUUGCUCCUGUCAUUGAGGAUACUUUAACUGCAGGAUUUGCGUGGUGUGUAGAUACAAUGAAAUCCUCAGCAUACAGUUCUCUCGCUGCAGAUCUAGAGAUAAACAAGGCGAUGGUAUUCCUUUACAAUCGAGAAAUAGGAUUGGCAAUUGAUACGUUGAAAAUGUUUGAAAAUCGUGACUCGAAGGCCAAUAAUUCUGCAUCUACCAUGCUGUCUUUUAUUAAUUUUCUUCAAGGAGAUUAUGAACAGGCUGAAAAAUAUGCCGAGGCAGCAAGGAAAGUGGACAGUUACAAUGCAGCGGCUUACGUUAAUCUAUCUGCUGUUGCAAUCAAGAGGAAUGAAUUGGACAGAGCGCGAGAAUUGUUACUUUGUGCCCUUGAUAGUGAUGCGAGUCAUGUUCAGGCACUUUAUAAUUUAGGAUUGGUUUACAAAAGACAAGGAUGGUACGAAGAAGCUCUCGAAUGUUUUUGGAAACUGCGAAAUAUCGUACGAUAUGAUCCACAAACGGUAUAUCAAAUCGGCCGCUUAUAUCAGCUCAUAAAAGACAUGGAUCAAGCUGCGGAAUGGUAUAAUCAGUUAUUGACUAUUCUGCCUUCCGACCCUGGAGUGCUCCAAAAGUUGGGAGAAAUGUACGAUAAUUUAGGUGAUAGACAAUCGGCUUUUCAACACUAUCAUGAUUCGUAUCGAUUUUAUCCAGCGAACUUUGAAGUCAUUGACUGGCUUGGGUCUUACUAUAUCGGAAUGCAAGCAUUUUCGAACAAUCACGUAAGGGUCUCCAACUUCCAGGGGAAGUUUGCUCUCUUCAAGGGUAAGUGUACCAAGUACUUGCCACCCUUGGAUCUGAUACGCAUUGCUACGAAGUGA